AUUUUAUGUUCGCAUCCUUAAACCAAUCUUGCAAUUAUUCAUUACAUUCAUUCUUUAAACAAAACUUCCUUAUUCUGUGUUCACAGUUAGUUUAUCAAGUACUGUAACCUUUAACAAUACUAUGCAGGAAUACAUGAUCCUUUUCUAAGAUAUCGCCCUUUGGACGGAAUUCACGCUUGAGGAAACACUUGACAAAUAUAGCAUAGCCGGUCAAACCUAUAAACAUUUACUUUCUUCACUGAAAAACAAUCUAUGUGUAUUUAUCAAUCUCUAAUGAAAUAUGAUUUUAUUGGAUUAUUUCGCCAUUUAAUCUGCUUCAUUUGGACAUUACGAGGCGGUGUCAGGGGAACGAUGUCACGACCACAGAAAAACCGUACCACUGGUGGAGGCAUGUGGCGAAAGAAACAGCAACGAACUGACGAACAGGAAGGACUUGUGCUUGACAAUUUAGGUGGUGACAGGCAUUCACUAACUUUAACAGAAUCAGUGACAUUAGCUGCAGAACUUGGUGAAGCUACAUCAUCAGAUAAUUUUCAGAAAGAGGUAGCACAUAAAACAAACACGCUUCUGAUUGGUCGACAGGAAGCGGAAACCGAAGUGUUCAUGGAUGUGCUAGUUAGAAGAAAGGGAGAUGUCGACAAAGCUUUACUGUUUGUGAUUUCUACUAUGAAAAUAGAUUCAAAAAUCUCUGUGCUUGUAAACAAUCUGAUAAAUCGGGGUGCCAGCACAUCUACUGCUGACUCUGAAUUGAAGACACCUUUACAUCAUGCUGUCAGAAGGAAUCUAAAAGGUGUUGCUGCCAAAUUACUUGAAAAAGAUGCUUUUCCCCAUGCACGUGACAAACACGGCACGCUUCCAUUGAAAAUUGCUAUGGACAACAAAAAUGACGACAUGUGUGCACUUCUGCUUGCCUAUAUGCCAAAUGCAUUUGUGCGUGGCUUAUUUAUCUCGUGCGGAAGAAAAGUUGCCGAAUUUUCAAUUCAUGAUUUGCUUCGUAUUGAGACCAGUAUGCAGAAAACGAUUCUAUCAAUACUUGACUGCUUGAUAGAAACAAGAGGAUCCACCGAUAGACUGAGAGUAUAUUACGAUCUGCUGGAAUGUGACGAAGACGGACGGACACCAACAGAUAGCAACUUCUUUGAGAAGUCAAGAUCACCGCUACAAGUAAUUGCGAAAAAGAGAAAUAAGAACAUUGUUUACCAUGACGCAGUAAGGUUGCUUAUAAGAAGAAAGUGGAAGCUAUAUGCUAAAAAGAGGUUUCAAUUUAAUUCCUUUCUGUAUAUUCUUGGAUUAUUUUGCAUCACCUACUCUGUUAUCGUGGCAGUGAUGUCACCUGACCCAGCAUUGUAUAAUGGUCCUCUGCAAAUAUCCAGGGCUGUAUUUGAGGUUUUAUCCCUUGUGAUGGUGGCGCAAACAGUGUGUACAGAAAUUAAUCAACUUAGACGACACAAGCUAGAGUAUUUCCACGAUCCAUUUAACUGGUUUGAUAUGUCGUCUGCCAUUUUGCUGAUUUGUGUUGUUCCUUUGAGGUUUACCCAUAACAAUGCACAGUGGCAUGUGUUUGCAUUUGGAUAUUUAUUUUGGACAAUAAGGAUUUUCAAAUUUGCUGCUGUGUUUAGACAAAUAGGUGCGUAUACUCAGAUACUGGCAAGAAUUAUUGCCCAUGAUUUUAUCCAGUUUGGUGUCGUGUUUCUUGUCAUCCUCCUAGCCUUCAGUGGAUCAUUCUUUCUGUCUUUGAGGGGCGACAGAGAUCUAGAUACACAUAAUGAAACAAGUACCUUCUGGGGAAUAUUGUUUGUCGGUGUUCGGUCGUUGACAGAAGCUCAACCUGUGGUUGAUUAUACCGGAGAGGACGGAUAUGGUGCAGUUAGUGUUAUAUUUAUGGUGUGCUUUCUAUUUACGUGUAUUGUCAUUCUACUAAACAUCCUCAUUGCACAAUUGUCUGAUACAUAUCAGAAGGUGCAACAAGAUGCACAGAGGGGGUUAGAGGUCAAUAGAGCAUGGAUUGUUGCCAAAGUGGAGUUAAACAGUUUCUUUUUCGGGAAAGAUUUUAGAACAUCACGCUAUGCAGAGUAUGAAGACAUAGAGGAUCUUAAAGACGUUCUAACAAAAUGGGAUUCUCCACCCCUGAAUGAAAUGAACAAGUAUGUUAAAGACAUCUGGGACACCUUAGAUAACCACAAAAUGAACCUCCUUACCAUACAACAUAGGCUAGUUCGUCAAGAAAAUACUUUGCGGACUAUACAGGAUCAGCUGCGAUUCUUAAUUUCUUUGAACACAACAGGAUCCUACGAUACACUAGACGCAGGUUUACUAUCUUCCCAAAGGAUGAAAUUCUAUCGCAAUAAUACAGACGAAAAUGGUCCAGUUCAAACUGACGACACAGUUGAUAUAAGUACAAGGAGAAAACAUUCGCAUAAAGAAAAGAAAAUUUCACUCGACGGUGUUAAAGCUGUUCUUAAUUUUACAGAUAAAGACGACAAUGAAUUAAAUAAAACAGAUUCUUUAGAAGCAGACGAGAACAAUCAGUAACGUUUUGUAGCAAGAGUUUUUUUUACUUUGCCAAAACAAUACAAAGUGAGUAAUACUGGUCCAACUAUUUUUGACAUUGACAUAUUGUUAGUAUUUCCCGGUGAUUCUCUUCUACGUGAUUUUUCCGAGAAAGAUAGAAUUCAUGUGACACACGGCAGCAAAUGUUUCGAAAGAAUUUCUCCAAAUAAUGUCUAUUAACAGCCUUUCAAAACAUUUGCCUUUAACAUUCAGUGACGUUCUGCGGACCAUGUGUUUCUUGGACAACUUGUGUAUUAAAAUAUUGAGACCACUCUCUUACUCUUGUAUGAUCGUAAGAGAAGACAAAUAGGGUCUAAUAUCUUGGCUUUGCUAUAUCGCUUUGAUUCAGACAGGUAUAAACGUUUUGAUUCUAUACCUCAUAUUUAUUUCGAUGUAAAUGAGAUCUGAAACCAAAAGUUUUAGUCGUAUUUGGCGUGAUAUAACCUUUACUGAGUUGUUUCACCGUAAAACCACUUUCAAUUCAAUUUUAACUCAGUGACGUUCUGUAACUGAAAGUAUCAUUCAGUGAAAACUAAAAAUUCAUGAAUAAGAAAGGUUUUAUAUCUUACGUUAGCAAGUUAGUCUCGAUAUCUAUUAUUUACGGUAUUGAAUCCAUUAUUGCUAUCUACAAUUUCCAUGCGUUUUCUAAUGCUGUUUCGACAUUCCUCGGACGGAACACAUACAUGAGAAUGUCUUUCCUAACUACCGGGGGAAGCUGAACUAGAAAUUUUGAGAGUGUGUAAUCGAACGAAAGCUUCCAAUUGUCAUAUCUCAGCUUGAGAAUGCUUAUGAAAAUGUUAGCAAGCAAGAUUUACGUCCAUUGAAUUCAUUUUAGCUCAGUGACGUUCUGUAGCUGAAAGUCUCAUUAUUUACGGUAGUGAAUCCGUUAUGGCUAUCUCCAAUUUCCAUGCGUUUUCAAAUGCUGUUUCGACAUUCUUCGGACGGAGCUCAUACAUGAGAAUGUCUUUCCUAACUACCUGGGAAAGCUGAACUCUAAUUUUAGAGAGUGUGUAAUCGAACGAAAACUUCCAAUUGUCAUAUUUCAGCUAGAGAAUGCUUAUGAAAAUGUUAGCAAGCAAGAUUACGUCUAUUGACUCUGUAAAAUUAUUAAGGCCGCACAUGUGAUGACAUUACAAAUCUGGAUAUGUCGACAGCGUGUUGUUAAUUUGCUUAUGGCUUGCUUAGAAUAUUUUUAUAUUUGAAAUAAAUGUUU